CCGGCGGCCAUCGUCUCUCACGCACGUUUAAAAUAACAAUAAUGUCAUCAGCGAUCCUCGUGACGGGCGGGGCGGGCUACGUCGGCUCGCACACAGUCAUGACGCUUCUCGAAUGUUCUGACACUUCGGAAUAUGAGAUCGUUGUUAUUGACAGUCUUACAAAUGCAUAUAGAUCUGAGGGCGAGAAAAAACCAGAACCUUUAAAGAGGAUAGAAGAAAUGACAGGAAAGAACAUACACUUCUAUGAAACCGACAUUAGGGAUAAAGAAGGACUCAACAGGAUAUUUUCUAGUCAUAAUAUCGAAUGCGUGAUCCACUUCGCAGCAUUGAAGGCUGUGGGGGAGUCAGUCGAGAAACCGCUGGAGUACUACCAGGCCAACAUAUCUGGGACGUGCACGCUUUUUGAGGCGAUGCGCAAACACGGUGUACACAAGUUAGUAUACAGCUCGUCGUGUACGGUAUAUGGAGAGCCGGAGCAACUGCCUCUGGACGAGGAACACCCUACGGGGCGCGGGCUGGCGAGCCCCUACGGGAGGUCCAAGUACUUCUGUGAGGAGAUCAUGAAGGAUAUCUGCACUAGUGAUGCGAAAUGGAUGAUAGUAUCUCUGCGAUACUUCAACCCUGUGGGCGCCCACAAGAGCGGAAGGAUCGGUGAAGACCCCUCAGGGCUACCGAAUAAUCUCAUGCCUUUUAUAUCUCAGGUAGCUGUGGGUCGUUUAAAGGAACUACUAGUGUUCGGCAACGAUUAUCCAACUAUAGACGGGACCGGGGUUCGAGAUUAUAUCCACGUACAAGACUUAGCGGAGGGACACGUGAAAGCUAUUCAACUGUUCAAACAGUCCGGGUUUAGUGGGUUCCAUGCUGUUAAUUUGGGUACCGGUACCGGCUACUCAGUUCUACAAAUGAUAUCAGCGUUCGAAAAGGCAAGCGGUAGGAAAAUUCCAUACAAGAUAGUAGGGCGUCGUGCCGGGGAUAUAGCUGCGAACUAUGCGGACGUCUCUCUCUCACAGAGGCUACUCGGUUGGAGAGCGACAAGGACGCUAGAUGACAUGUGUCGCGACACGUGGGCCUGGCAGAGUAGUAACCCGCAGGGUUUCAAGAGGUAACAAGUUCUUUGAACGAUAGGCAGGGAAGGACAAAGGAUAAGAAAAAAAAAACAAAGGACCUCUCCACCAAAAUUCUCCAAAUAAAAAUAAUACAUAUCCAUAACAUACACACACGGUCUGUUGCUGACAUGAGCAAGUUUAUGCUAGUUAACAAUUGACUAAUAUAGCUACAUAACUUUAAUUUUUUUGAUACAUAAAUUAAUUAAUACGCUUCAUACAAUACAAUAGUAAAUGAUCGACCACUUAACAUAAUCAACAGAACACAAUGAAACUAUACUUGUACAAACAGUUAAAGAUUGCAAGAAAAGUAAUUUGUUAAGAAGUUCGCUGGGUUUUCCGCUUUUAUUUAUAUAAACAACUAGCUGCCCUGACAGACUUCGUUCUGUCAAAAGUUAAUAUUAAA